AUGGCAGCCACGAGACACGACGACGCUUGCGCGAUUCUGCUAGCCGCCUAUCAUCCUGCACUGCAUCUCCUGGGUAUCAGCACUGUCUACGGCAACUCAAGCUUGACCAAGACAACCAACAAUGCAUUGGCGGUGCUCGAGGCCAUUGGAAAGCCAGAGGUACCAGUGUUUCCUGGCGCUGCGAAACCCUUCUGCCGAAUACAUCAUUCAGCGGUAGACAUUCACGGCGAAAGUGGCUUGGAUGGGACAGACCUUCUUCCAGUGCCAUCAAGGAAACCUCUGAAGCAUGUGAACGCUAUCAAGGAGAUGCGCGACAGCAUCAUGGCGUGUGCUCCAAAUACAGCUUGGAUCGUGCCGACUGGCACUCUCACUAACGUGGCUCUGCUAUUCGCCACGUUCCCUGAGGUCGUCGAUCACAUCAAGGGUCUUAGUAUCAUGGGCGGAGCGAUUGGUGGCGAAUUCUCAGAUGUCUACCUCGGGCCUGAGUACACUGGUAAAGACGGCCAGAAGCAUAAGCGGGUUGGCAAUACCACGCCAUUCGCCGAGUUCAAUAUCUGGUGUGAUGCAGAAGCCUCAAACAGCGUCUUCCGAAAUCCAGUCUUGAGGAAGAAGACAUAUCUGAUACCGCUGGAUAUCACUCAUCAAGCAGUGGUCACGAAAGAUAUCAGGGAGAUGCUGCUCUAUGGCCUGAACAAGUCUGGCCCACAGCCAACUCGCCUUCGAAGGAUGUUCAAUGAGCUGCUCAUGUUCUUUGCACAUACCUACGACACUGUCUUUGCCAUGAAGGAAGGGCCGCCCUUGCAUGAUCCCCUGGCUGUGGCUAUAUUGCUCUGGAAUCAUGCUGACGAGGAGACGAGGAUCAAUUUUGACGACAGAGGAGGUGAGCGGUGGAAUGUUGACGUUGUGUUAAGCGGCGAGCAAGUCGGUCGUACUGUGGCAGUGUCGGAAAAGGCAGGGAUCGUUAUACCGAGGACGCUGGAUCUGAAGAAGUUUUGGCAGACUCUGGAGGAAUGCAUGGAGCGGGCAGACCAAGCAACUGGCAAAUUGGUCUGA